UUUGUGAAGAAAGAACGCGUCUAUGUUGUGGUGAGUGGUGAAGUAGUGAGUGAGGAUAGGUUAGGCAAAGCGCGGCAAACGGGGCAGAAGACAAGCCGCGCGGUUCCGUCGCGCAUGCGCACUGGCUACCUUCGAUCGAAGUUGGCGCGAAAUAAUACGAAUACGAUUUUUUUUAUGGAAAUAGGAGUUAUGACAACUUUUUCAGUUUAAUACGGAUAAUAUUAAGAAGAAAUUAAAAUGAGUCCGUUGAACAAAUUCCCUAGCAUUUGCAGUCUGUUUGUGUGUUUGGUACAAAUGACAGCAAGCGGUAUGGCGGGAACGCAAUUCUCUUCGCACGUGAGCGUCAGCACGCCGUCUAGAAGCUUCUCGCAUGGUGUUGGCGAUCCAUUGCACGUGCCGGCACAACUGAAGUCAACGUAUAGAAACUUUAGAAGACCGGCAUUUUCUGAAGAUAUUGGAUAUCCGAGAGUUAAACCGGCGAUACCAUUUGUGCAUGAAGAUAUAGUUCAUCACAACGGCUAUAGAGGACCAUCACGACAUAACUUCUUUGAUGCAAAAAUACCCGUAUUGCCGCCGUCGCCGUACAAAGUCGAUUCUCCGGACCCGGAGUCCCUCUGGCCGGAAGGUCUAUUCGUGCCGCCAUUGACCCCACCCCGCUUUGGAUUACGAAGGGUUGACGCCCAUAAUUUCCUCGACCCAUACUUAUUAGAGGGCUCGGAAGCUAUCGCCGCAGUGAGAAGGGCGGACAACCACGGGCAUUACUUCUUCCACGACAUACCUCAUAUAGAAUCGCUACUCGCGAAUCAAAACCUAAGAGUGAAGAACAAUUUGAAGCCGCAUCGAAUCGGAAGCAUACGCCAUACAUGGCCUUAUAAUAGACCAUAGACAAUUAGAACUCAGUAUUAAAAAAAAAAUAUUUAUGAAAUGUAAAAAAUUGUAAAAAUACUCAUAAACUCA